GGACGACAUAACCCUGACAGCCAGAAAGAUCGGACUCUCUUUAUUUCUUACAACAAUUCUUUCUGUGUCAACGCCUCAUCGAUCGAAAGGGACUUUACAAACCAUCUGAGAUGUGGCCAUUAUUUGUUCUAUUGAGCAAGUUUUUGGGAACAGAAGAAGAUAACACCGAAGAAUCAGAAAGGGAUCAUUUAAGUUUGGUCUUAAAACAAUCAUUGGGUCGAGAUGGAUUCCACGGCACAGUUUCCGGCUCAUACUUUGUUGAUGUUCCUCAUAUAAACCAAUUACAUUCGUGGGACUGCGGUCUUGCUUGUGUUCUGAUGGUUUUGAGGUUUCUUGGAAUCAAGGAUGGAAACAUGCAAGAGCUAGAAGAGUUCUGCUGCACUACCAGUAUUUGGACAGUUGAUCUGGCGUAUUUAUUGAAGAAAUUUUCUGUCAGUUUUUCCUACUUCACAGUAACAUUAGGUGCAAAUCCAAGUUUUUCUGUGGAGACAUUUUACAAGGAGCAACUGCCCAAUGAUCUUGUCCGAGUGGAUAUGCUAUUUCAAAAAGCACGUGAUGCUGGUAUAAGUAUAGAGGAAAAAGAAUUGUGGCGCACUCCCCUUGGUAAUGAGGUUUUCAAGAGGUCUCGUUUGAAGAAGAGGCUAAAUGAGUUUGAUCUGGAUGAGUGGGUGGAAGAAAGUAUCGAACAAAUUUAUCUAACUUAUUUGAUUUACAAUUUCAACAUAAAUAGUGCAUAUAUAUAUAUGUUGAUGCUAAAUUUUAUUUUUAAUAUGCCGAGUAUGAGCAGCACAUGCUUGACAUGGGCGAUUCGGUCCAACUCACACCUGAAGAGUCCACUCAAAAAAAUGAUUGGGAAACACACAAGGGAAUAAUCUACAGCAUGGUCUCUGAACGAUGUACAAAGACUCCAAUAAGGUAUUGGAUUGUCACGUUAAGCCGAGACACUUGACGGUGUUCAGAUAGUUGCUAUGUUGUAGCAAAUUGCAGAACUUACACGUGCAUUGGCAGCGUCUGAGGCCAAAAGAGUUGCUGAACCAAACCGUUGAGCAAAUCAAAGAACAAGCCCUCAACCUCGCUCGUCGGCCUACUGCAUCCCGUUCUUCUAAAGGGUCCUUUCCUACCGAUGAUAGUGAUGAUGAUGAAUACAUAGUUUCCACCUCUUAGCUAACAUUCCGUUAAUCAGUGAAAAUUUUAGAAUUUUAUACUUAUUUUGAAAGACUUUAUAAGUCUUUGAAUUAUGAUUUUGGUGUUUUUGAAUGUUUGUUAUUAUAUAUUUUGUAUUAUGUUUCUUGUUUGAUAUGGGCUGAAUUUUAUUUGUAGGUGGGCAACAGAAAUUGGUUACUGUCAAAAAUGUUGCAGAAAAGCGACGGACAUGAUCCUUUUGUCCGUCGCUUUUAUGCAUUUUUUCUUCAGAAAAGCGACGCCAACACAGCCCGUCGUUUUGGAGUGACGUCUGU